AUGGCUCUCCUCACCCAUUUAUUCCCCAACCCCUCCCCCUCUUCCUCCCUCCCUCCCUUCCUAGAACCUGACCCUCUAACCCUUCAGCGUGUGGAGAAUGUCCCCCAAAUGCAGCGGCCAUGGGUGCGCUGCCUCAAUCCCAGCCCUGGCCUUGUUCUCUCUCACUCCUCUAACCCCCCUGCACCUGCUCUCCCCCCUCACUCCACACCUCUUUUCGUUCUCCCCACUCACGCCGUCCUCAACCCCUCGGUUCUCCUCUGUCAAAACGUGCCUUCCACAGAGGUGGCGGGCAGCAUGCCGCGCACCAUCCACUUGCUCCUAGCAGAGGUGCGACGCUGCGACUGGGUGUCGUACCGCCUCAACCUGCCCAUGGCUGCGUCCCUGUCCUCGUUAGUGGCGGACUCGCUGCAGGUGCAGGGGCUGCCUCGGAUCGUGGUCAUGCUUGUUAGCAUGGGCUUGCAGCCAGCAGCAGUGGCGUCCCUACUGGAGCGGCGCCAGGUGUCCCUAUCAGAGCUGGUGGCAAAUCUACAGUUCCUGCAAACCUUUCUCUCGCUCCUCUCCCACUCCCCUCCCAUCCCCCUCUCACAGCCAGCAGCAGUGGCGUCCCUACUGGAGCGACGGCAGGUAUCUCUCUCAGAGCUGGUGGCGAAGCUGCAGUUCCUGCAGAGCAUUGGAGUGCGCCCGUGCUUCUUGGGAGCCGUCCUCGUGGGCUGCCCCCGCUUCCUCGACAUGCCGCUCGCACUGCUGCACACCCAUGCCACGCAUCUCAUGGCGCACUGCUGCACCUCCUCUUCUCCUUCCCCUCCAUACUCCCCUUCUUCCCAUCCCCCUUCUCACCCUCCUCUUCCAGCCAUCGCCUCCCAAAUCAACAAUGCAAGCGUCAUCCCACUCACAUCUUUCCUCCGCCACCACCUCAACAUCCCCUCCACCGUCAUCCCUCGCAUUGUGCGCGGGUACCCGAAGCUGCUCGGCUGCUCCCUGCAAACCAACCUGUGGCCCAAGGUGCUUGCGCUCUGCUCUGCCCUCCCCGGCCUCACACCGCCCCUGCUCGGCACCAUGCUGCGCCGAUGCCCCUCGCUGCUCGCCUGCAGCAUGGCAGGGAAGCUGCUGCCUGCCAUUGAAUUCCUCUCCACACAUCUGCUUCUCUCACCAUCACAGCUGCUCAAACUGGUCUCCUCAGCACCACAGGUGCUAACCCAGUCAGUACCGCACACGCUGCAUCCAAAACUCCUCUUCCUCUCACACACUGUGGGGCUGACCCCACAGCAGCAGGCGGCCAUGCUGCCACGGCAGCCCAACGUGCUGUGCCUGUCGCUGCCCCUGCUGCACCGCAACCACUCCUCCCUGCGCGCGUCGGGGUUCUCACUCGAAGACAUUCGCCGCAUGCUCGUGCUCUUUCCCACGCUGCUGCUGCUCAGGUCGGGGGAGGAGGGGGGGGUGCAUGUACGCCUGGGUGGGGCGUGUGUAGGUGUGGGUCAGAAGAUCAUAGAGAAGAAGAUGCGUCCCGACAACAUCCAAGCCAAGUGCGCCUUCCUCACAGGGCCCAUGGGCCGUCCCCUUGCACACGCCGCCGCCUUCCCCCACUUCUUCGGCUACAGCCUGCACCGCCGCAUCGAGCCCCGCUACAGCCGCCUGCAGGCUCUAGGCGUCUCCCCGCCCCCCUCCCUCGCUUCCAUGCUCUGCUCUACCGACCAGGCGUUUCAAUCCAAGUGGGCUGUAUCAGCGGAGGGGGAUAGCACGGGGGAGGCCCAGCGCAAACUUCAAGUUGUCCCCGCUGAUAAUGUCCCCGCUGAUAAUGUCCCCGCUGAUAAUGUCCCCGCUGAUAAUGUCCCCGCUGAUAAGGUUCCCGCUGAUAAUGUCCCCGCUGAUAAGGUCCCCGCUGAUAAUGUCCCCGCUGAUAAUGUCCCCGCUGAUAAUGUCCCCGCUGAUGACCCUGCUGACGACACCACGGAUGACGCCACGGAUGACACCACUGAUGACACCACUGAUGACACUGAAUAUGACACUGAAUAUGAUUAUACUGAUCCUAAGGUGACCACGAUGGUGACCGUCGGCGGCUCGUCGUACACGUUCGAUACGUUUGAUCUUUGCUUUAACCUCAAGGCCAAGAACGGGCGCGGCACAAGAGCGACGCGCUCUGCGCAGAUCGCGACGGUGUGGUGGAACGGAAAGGCGAAUCUCCUUGCCAACGUGAUGAAGGCCCUCUGCGGUGGCAAGGGCGGCAAGCCGAGGAAAGGCGCGAGUGCCGCCGCGCCGACCGUCGCAUGCAAGGAGGUGCUAUUCUUCUCAGAGACCGGCUGCGGCGACGAAAUUGACGAAAUGACCAAGCCCAAGGCCAACCCUAUCCGCAAAUUCUUCGGCCUCUCCAAAUUUACCACCAAGAAGAUCCCCAAGAAUGUCAAGUCCGCCGCCUGCCUUCUCCCCUACUAG